AUGUGUCUGUGGCUCCUUUUCCUCUUGCCCAUAUUUUCACUAUUAUCCCAAGGUACAUAUGCCUUGAUUCUUCAUCGAAGGGAGAAUCCUUCCAUUGUCGCAUUGGAUAUCAAACGCAAAGAGAUCCUUGAUCCAGUGUCGAGGGACCAAACAAGACGAAAGCGAGAUAAAACAGUCAGCCAGAAACUAGAUAACGAGCAAACCCUCUACUUUAGCAACGUGACCCUUGGCUCACCCGAGCAAAGCCUACGUUUAGUUAUCGAUACCGGAAGCAGUGACUUGUGGUGUAAUGCGGCAAACUCUACCCUCUGCUCUUCUUCACACAAGCCUUGUACUGCAUCUGGCUCCUAUGAUCCAAGCUCGUCGAAGUCAUAUAGAUAUACCUCGUCUGAUUUCAACAUUACCUAUGCGGACGGGACAGGCGCGGCCGGCGACUAUGUGACGGAUGUCCUACAAAUAGGCGGCACGUCUAUAAAGAAUUUUCAGUUUGGGGUUGGCUAUUCCUCAAGCUCUACGGAGGGGGUCUUAGGCAUAGGAUAUGUCUCGAAUGAAGUCCAAGUGGGCCGAUUUGGACAAGACCCUUACCCUAACCUUCCUCAAGCAAUGGUCAAGAACGGCUUGAUCAAAUCGAACGCCUAUAGCCUUUGGCUCAACGAUCUAGGUGCACACACGGGUUCGAUCCUAUUCGGAGGCGUCAACACGGAAAAGUAUCGUGGUGAACUCCAGACUUUACCCAUACAAACUGUUAAUGGCGAAUACUCGGAAUUCAUAAUUGCUCUUACCGGCGUCUCGAGUGAUACCGGAUCAGACCAUCAUAGUUACUCGUCAGGGGCACUCCCGGCCGCUGUAUUACUGGACUCUGGCAGCUCCCUGACCUAUCUUCCUGAUUCCAUUGUGAAAGACAUUUACGAUGAUCUCAGUGUUGUCUACGAUCCAUCCGGCGGCGUUGGCUAUGUGCCGUGCAGCCUGGCACAGAAGGACAUCAAUAUAACAUACACGUUUUCAGCACCCAGCAUCACUGUUGGUAUUGAUGAACUUGUUCUUGAUGCAGGUGACAUUCAAUUCCGAAAUGGCGCUCGUGCUUGUAUCUUUGGCAUUGUUCCUGCAGGGGAAAGCACCGCUGUUAUGGGAGAUACUUUCCUUCGCAGCGCAUAUGUCGUAUACGACCUUGCCAACAAUGAGAUCUCUCUAGCCAAUACCAACUUUAACUCAACCAACGACCACAUACUUGAGAUUGGGACAGGUGAAGACUCAGUGCCCGGAGCAACUCAGGUCUCUCACCCUGUUACGUCGGUUGUUGCCGAUGACUCUGGAGCGAGGAUUGGUGGACCGACAGGUGGCAUCUUCACUGGGCUGUCAUCAGCAAGCAGUACAGGAGCGGCUGUCAAUGCCGAUCCAACCAAUACCCCAGCAUUACUCGCCUUCGGUGCUGCAGCAGUAGGAUACCUAGUCGCGUUCUAG